AUGUUUUCUAUUCCCACUUCUUUAAAGAGUAAUUUUCCAGAAUCAAAAGAUGACAGCGGCACUAAAAAUUCGAAAAGUGAAACUCUGAAAACUAUGACGCCAAAGUUACAAAUAGACACUUUAAAUGUAGACAACAUACCACAGGCCACCCAUAUCGGUGGACCUUUUUCAGCAUUUUCUUCUUGGAAGCCCGGAAAUAUUGGUGUGGACGGAGCUCGACAUUUGCUACACUCGACAGGACUCGAUAAGAUUUCCGCCGUGGAAUACCCGAAACAGUGGCUCGGGGAACAUUCCCCCGUUUCCUACUCCCUAGGCACACAGGGACUCCCUAUGACACCAGUGUUUGCAGGAAUCAUGCAGAGACGAAAAAGACGAGAGAAUCGUCCUCGGAGACAGCGAACCACGUUUACGAGUGAACAAACUCUAAAACUCGAGCUAGAGUAUAACAGAACAGAAUACAUUUCAAGACCAAGGAGAUACGAACUGGCAGAAGUUUUAAACUUGUCAGAAAAUCAAAUCAAGAUCUGGUUUCAGAAUAGAAGAGCGAAGGAAAAACGCAUUGAAAAAGCUCAUCAGGACCAACAAAUAAGAAGUAACAACAUGACAAACAUCGGCAUGCCAGCCUUCCCUACGUCUGGACCGUACUCCAUGUUCUGUGGGCCAUGUGUAUGGCCAUAUCCUCCAGGGACACUGACCAAUGUUCUGGCAUCACCAACGAAACCAACUUAA